AGCUUCAUCGCUGGCAGUCACGUGGCCUUGCCAUUCCGUUAAUAGAAAACUUGAGAGCAAGUCUCGUUCUUUGAGUGCUUCUGCUGGUCUGGUCUGGUCGUCUAUCAACUGUCGGUUGUGCUGGAACAAUCCACGCGAAUGGCUCCAUCAAUGCGCCUAGCGCGCGUCUCGGUUAAGGUGCAGGGUGUUGCCCUCUGCCUGUUGCUGUUAUGUUUGCUCCAGAACACCGUAGUGCAUUCUAGUGAGAACGCUCCAUCGGCGCCGGUGGAAGAGGAGCGGGAUGACGUGAUGGAGAAGGUCGAGCCAGCACCGAUCGAAGAAACCGAUCGAGGUCUACAUCUCGAGGCGCGCAUGGCUCUUCCAGAUCCCGAACCAAAGGCGAGUACGGCCAAGAAUCCAAUGAUAGGAUCGGUGAUCAAUAAGGAAGGCGGCCUUGAUCCAGUGUAUCCGACCAACCGGUCGCUAGUUAACUUCAAACUGCAAUUGCUUCAAUUUGAGGAUAACCUAUCGACCGAGCCGGUUGUCACGGGCUCCUACCCGAAAAACUAUCCGAUGCAACAGAUUUUGCGCGCACUGGCAAAGGAUGGCACACGGUACGGGAAUGUGUUUGCGAAAACCAUCGUCCGUCGCCCGUUAGAGGACGCCGGCAGGGAGAAGGAGUUCAUGUGCCGCUCGAAAGUGAGCCAACAGUAUCCUACCUACGACAGUCAGACGGGAUGGUACAUCGUGAACGUGAAGGGGUUCUACCAGGGCAUUACCUACGACGAGUGCGACGAGCCUGGAGCGGUUUGCAAUAAGGACUGCAGCUCCACGACCAGCGAUUUCCGUUGCGAGCAAGGGUACGAUACUAUGGACGCCGUGAUUGCACAUGUCGGAGGCAAUGACAAGGAAGUGACGCUAAGCCUCGUGCGUGUGCCCUACCCUUCCAGCUGCAAGUGCCGACGCAAGGAUCUGAUAGCUAAAAAUUAAACAAUCAAACGACCCCACGCGUCAAACACCAGAAGCUAGCUUCAACUGCAUCUCCACGGACUGGACUGGACCACGGCGAGUUAGAGGAAAAACGCAAAGCAAUAAAGCAAAAAACAAUCAUACAAAUC